UCAUGUCAAACCACCUGGAGAGGAGACACUUAAGGCGCGCUGGUGCAGGGUGCCAGGAGCAGUAGACACUCCACUCACUCACCGAGGGCCGCAAUCUCUUGAAUGACUGCAGCCCGAAUAACUGCAUUGGAACUUUGCGUUUGGAUCCCCCCCAGGCAAUGGACGCAAGAAUCAGACCGCUCGGCCUCGCCGCGCACACCGCCAGCCCGCUCGGGGGCAUGCAGGUGCCCCCUUCCCUCCUGCGCCCUCCGCCCCUCUUCCUCCGGGCGUGCAAUCCGGCGCUGGAGAGGGGAUACCCGCGCACGCCGAAGUGCGCCAGAUGCAGGAACCACGGCGUGGUGUCCGCGCUGAAGGGCCACAAGCGCUUCUGCCGCUGGAGGGACUGCGUGUGCGCAAAGUGCACGCUGAUUGCGGAGCGGCAGCGGGUGAUGGCCGCGCAGGUGGCACUGCGGAGGCAGCAGGCCCAGGAGGAGAGCGAGGCCCGCGAGCUGAGGCUGUUGUACUCCGGUUCAGGGAUCGGAGGGGAGGCUGGCAUGCCGCAGGGGUCACCUGUGGGCCCCGGGGGGCCAGCGACCACCGGCAACACUUCAACGCCUCCCCGUUUUGAUGCUUUUGGAACGGAGAGCCCAAAACACGAUGACAGAUUGCGCAAGUACAACUUUUACAACGGAUUCAUGGGGCGCCCCCUCUUUGCGCCCCACGCCACGCAGCUGCCCUGCCCGAUCGGCCAGAAGGAGUCGUCUCCGGGCAGGGGCGGCGCCGCGUCGCUCGUCGGCGACAGUGCGAGUCCCUCCCCGGUGUUCGACCAGCGCUCGGACCACACGGAGAGCCCGCAGAGGUCGCCCUCCCCCUCGGACGCGGAGUCGGGCAGCGAGGCGGACAGACCCGGCGACCACGCGAGGCUGGAGCGCGACCCCACCGACAUCAUGGCCAAGAUCUUCCCCCACCAGACGCGGGACACCCUGGAGUCUAUGGUGAGAACGUGCAAGGGCGACAUUGUCAAAUCCAUCGAACUGGCGCUGAGCUCCAAGGAGAACCAAAUCGCCCCCGCGGGGGGCUUGUCUCUGGCCAGUCACCCGAGCGCGCUCAGGCCUCCGUCGGUCGCACCGCCCGGAGCGCUCGGUGCGCUGGGGAGCAAAUCCGCCUUCUCCCCGCUCCGCAUGCCGCCGCCGGCCGCCGGGGGAGAGGGCCUGUACGGGCUCGGCCCUCGCCUGGGUGUCAGCCCUCUGCGGCUGGCCUACUCCUCCGCAAACGGCGGCCUGGCCGGCUUCGUGUCGCCAUACGUGACAUCCGGCCUGAUGCCCGUGUUCCCACUGCGCCCGCCCUUGGACUCGUAUUCAUUCCCAGGCAUGAUCCGCGACCUCUCGUACUUUCAGAGCAAGGACUCCCUGUGCAACACAGGCCUGUACACACGGCUGAGCAGCGAGAAAUGACCAAAUUCAAAAGGGGUUAUUUCUUCAACGAAAGUCACUGGAAAUGGUGAAACCACAGAAAGCACUGCAGUCUGAAAAUGUUGUUUUUUUAUACUGUACAUUUUGUAAAGAUUGUAUAUUGAUAAUAAAUAGGUAAAAAUGG